AUGCUGUUCAAGUCUGCUAUCAUUACAUUGGCUACAAUCGGCGCAGCUGUAGCCCAACGCCCAUCAAACGAGUCUAUCUGCGAUUACUAUACCACUGCUUUGUUAAAACAGAACAAUGCCACCAACCAGUACACCCUUCUGACCCUGCUGGUCAACACUGUCGUCAUCGGUAACUAUACCCAACCGAACGUUGGUGUCAGCGUUCCUGGUAUAUUGAGCCCGAAGGGUAUGUACAACGGCACAAAGGUCAAUCUUAUGCCAUAUUUCGACGGUGGUCUCGCUUCUAGCAACAAUGGAAGCAAGAUGGGUGUCGCGAAGAACUUCCUUGACGGAGGUGCCGCGGCCCCUCUGAUGAAGAAUAUGCCUGCUGAUGACAAGUCCUCGAAUCAAUAUAAAUUGAUGACCCAUCUCUACCAGUUUUUCGGCAGCCUGCUUGGUUGCUCUGGUGUUGGCAUGACCGGAUUCUCCGCCUACUCUGGACACGCUAGCAUGUAUGAAGUUCACAAAUUCAUGGUUCUCGAUCCGUACGAGGUGGGCUACUUCAUUGAGCAGGUUGGCCUGGCGGCUGCUUCAUUUGGUGUGGCCAAAACAGAUAUCAACGCUGUCGUUGGAGUCCUGGAAAGUAUGUUCGACUACCGUUGUGCACCCAAGAGUACCGCAAUAAAAUCCCAGGGCCUCCAAUAUCAGAGCAUUUGCUCUGAUGAGAAGUGCCCCCUUGCCAUGAACUCUACUUGCGCAGCUCAGCCCUCCUUGAGCCAGCCUCUCGUCGCGAAUUCAACUCUCGCCGGUGGUGAAGGUAGCAACAGCACAUCAAUGUCUGGAACUCCCACAAGCUCUAUGUCUAGCUCGAAUUCACCCAGUUCAACACCCAAUGUUGCUGUUCAGUAUACUCCUGAACUGACUGGUCUGUUUUCGGGAGCCUUACUCCUCUUGGCCCUUUGA